CGAAGUGGGUAUGUGUUUUUCUAUAUCAAACUACUACUGUUCUUUGCUCAAGCUCUGUUGUGAAACCCGUAAUCAACUUCAAGCAAAGAAGCUCCAUUGCGUUAUACUAAAAACCCUAGUCGAUACCGAGACCUUUUUGCUCAAUAAUUUCAUCAGUAGUUACUAUAAACUGGAAAAUAUUGCUUAUGCACGCAAAGUGUUUGAUCAAAUUCCUCAACCGAAUCUAUUUUCAUGGAACACCCUGCUUUCAGCUUAUUCGAAAUCUGGGAACAUCUUGGAAAUGGAAAAGAUCUUUUAUAGCAUGCCAAAACGAGAUGGUGUGUCAUGGAAUUCAAUGAUUUCUGGUUACGCUUCUUUUGGUUCUUGUGAUAAAGCAGUGGCGUCGUAUAAAUUGAUGUUGAAAGAUGGAAAAGCUGUGAAUUUGAAUAGGAUUACAUUCUCGACUAUGCUUAUUUUAUCUUCAAACAAUGGGCUAAUUGGUUUAGGUAAGCAAAUUCAUGCUCAAGUAGUGAUUUAUGGGUUUGAGUCUUAUCUAUUUGUGGGUAGUCCACUGGUGGAAAUGUAUUCGAAAGCAGGUAUUAUAGAUGAUGCGAGAUGCGUUUUUGAUGGAUUGCCUGAAAGGAAUGUGGUACUGUAUAAUACAAUGAUUAUGGGUCUUCUUCGUUGUGGCAUGAUUGAAGCUUCAGAGCAAUUAUUUCAUUGUAUUCCAGAAAAAGAUUCAAUCACUUGGACAACGAUGGUUACAGGGUUUACCCAAAAUGGUUUAGAUAAAAAAGCAAUUGAUAUAUUCAGGGAAAUGAGGAUGCAGGGAUUGGGGAUAGACCAGUUUACCCUUGGAAGCAUUCUUACAGCUUGUGGAGGAAGUACCGCUCUCAAAGAAGGCUCUCAAAUUCAUGCUUAUAUCAUAAGGACCGAUAUUAUAGAUAAUGUGUACGUUGGAAGUUCGCUUGUUGACAUGUAUUUGAAGUGUAAACGCCUUACUUAUGCAGAAAGAGUAUUUAGUAGGCUGAAAUAUAAAAAUAUCGUAUCUUGGACUGCACUGAUAGUGGGUUAUGGCCAGAAUGGGCAUAGUGAAGCAGCAGUAAGGAUCUACUGUGAGAUGCAGAGAAAUGGCAUAGAGCCAGAUGAAUUUACACUCGGAAGUGUAAUAAGCUCAUGUGCAAAUCUUGCCAGCUUAGAAGAGGGUGCUCAAUUUCAUGGUCAAGCACAAGUAUCAGGUUUGAUUUCAUUUCUCACAGUUUCUAACGCCCUUGUGACCUUUUAUGGUAAAUGUGGAACCACUGAGAAAUCUAAUCAAUUGUUCGAUGAAAUGAAGAUAAGGGAUGAAGUGUCUUGGACUGCUUUGAUUUCAGGGUAUUCCCAAUUUGGGGAAGCCAAUAAAACAAUAAACUUGUUUGACAGAAUGUUGGCCAGUCACCUGAGGCCCGAUGGAGUAACUUUCAUUGGCGUCCUUUCGGCAUGCAGUAGGGCAGGACUAGUGGAAAAAGGACGCCAUUAUUUCAAGUCCAUGGUGGAAGAAUACAAAAUUGUGCCAGUUUCAGACCAUUACAGUUGCAUGAUUGAUCUAUUUAGCAGGGCUGGACAGCUUCAGGAUGCUAAAUGUUUCAUAAAUGAUAUGCCUUUCAGCCCUGAUGCAUUUGGUUGGUCUACGUUACUCAGCUCAUGCCGAUCUCAUGGUAACUUGGAUAUUGGUAAAUGGGCAGCAAAGUCUUUACAGGAAUUAGAGCCUCAGAAUCCGGCAAGUUAUGUGCUGCUAUCAAGUAUGUAUGCUGCUAAAGGCAAAUGGGAUGAAGUAGCUCAGUUGAGGAGAGAAAUGAAACAUAAAGAUAUAAGAAAAGAACCCGGUUUUAGUUGGAUCAAAUAUAAGAAUAAAGUGCACGUUUUCUCGGCCGAUGAUAGAUCAAGUCCAUAUUCAGAAAAGAUAUAUUCUGAGCUCGAAAAACUGAACUUUAAGAUGAUACAUGAAGGCUAUGUACCUGAUAUGAGGUUUGCUCUUCAUAACGUAGACGAGUCUGAAAAAAUAACAAUGCUUAAUCAUCACAGCGAGAAACUUGCUAUUGCUUUUGGAUUGUUAUUUAUUCCUCAGAACCUGCCGAUAAGAGUAGUAAAAAACCUCCGGGUAUGUGGGGAUUGUCAUACUGCAACUAAGUUCAUUUCUAAGAUAACACAAAGAGAGAUUCUUGUAAGGGAUGCUGUCCGGUUCCAUCUAUUUAAAAACGGAACAUGCUCUUGUGGAGAUUUCUGGUGAUGGUUUCGUCAGCCUGUUCUUGAACAUAUGAAGCACACUAUUUUGAGCUGAAAUUGGAAGCUAGAUUUCAAUGAGGCGACUAUUUACGCUAUUGACCUUAAAUGAUAAUCUAUUUCACAAAAUAACCUUCUAACAUGUUUCAUGGCGUUCUUGUAUAUGGAAGUGGCAUUCUUCUUUCUUAAGGUGGGACAUUUGUGAUCCUGUCAGAAAGUCGUGGAUUUAAAAGAAACUUGUCAGAAAGUCAUUUAACCAAAGGACAUGUAUAUGAGGACCUUUGGUGAAUGAAAUUUGCAGGCUUGGUGGUGAAGCUACAAACAUUGUCCAUCAAGAAUAAUGGAAGUGAAGGAAACUUGCAGUUUAGAUAGCCUGGAGUCACCGCAUUUGAACCUCCGUGGCCACAAGAGGAUUUUUAUUCUUCUUGGAUUUGAACCUGAGACCUCAUGGUACUUUUGACCUUUGGAGCCAAACUCAAACUCUUGGUACUUUGUAUGCUUUGCUAGAAUACUUGGUGGUUCUUCACUAUCCCUAAUAAGAUGAACAAUUAAAUGGAUAAUUCCAUAAGCAAAUUUUACAUGAAUCUCGAUCUUUUGGGUUCAUCGAAUGUUACAUUGAACUAAUUAAAAGAA